CAAAAGCAAUUAAAAUAUUUUUUAAAACAUUUAUUUGAAUAAAACAUCAAAUAGUGUCAUUUAUUGAAUAGUUUAGGACAUUUAUAGUCAUGGGCCAAGGGAGAUACCUUCCACUCCCACGGGAGGCCCCGUGGAUAAUAAGAAUUAUAUGUUGUUCAAUAAGAAUUAUAUGUUGUUAUCAUGAGCAAUUCUAUGGAAAAUAUUUUGAGAGAAAAAUUACAAAGUGUUGCAAUCCUUUUGGAACACACAAGGAAAGUAAAAAAAUUGCUAUAAAAGGUAAUAUAAAGAUUUCCAUAGACAUGGCAAACUAUUUGCAAAAAAAUAAUGUUUAUGUAACCCCAGGUUGGAAAUUCUGCAGUAAAUGUUACAAAAAAGCAAUAGAAACUGAUGAAGAUUUAAAUUUACAGGAGGAAUGGGAAUCAAAAAGUGAGAAAAAAAUGAAGUUAGAUACCACUAUAGAAUUGCUUGGAAUCUCACCAGUCAAACUAAAAAGUCUUUCAAAACACAGCAAAUUGCCUGAAACAAAACAAAAGUUUGAGAACACUAUUGACAGAGUUGCAAAAAUGGUCUCAUUAGCAUAUAAUAUUAAAGAAACUUUUUUAACAACAGAAAUAAAAAGCCCCAUUUUAAACAACAACAUUAACAAUGACCAUGAUCUAGACAUUUUAAUGUAUGAAAUAAAAAAUAAAAUUUCAGAGACUGACUCUUAUCGCCAUAAGGUGCAAAUGUUAAUACUCGCACCAAAAUCAUGGACACGUAAAAAGAUAUCAAGCUACUUUGAAGUGUCUGAGUAUCUUGUUCGAACAGCAAAAAAAGUUAAAAAUGAGAAUGGAAUUCUAUCAUUACCCGGUAAAAAAACUGGAAACCCACUUUCACCAGAAACAGUUAAUUUAGUGAUUAACUUUUAUCAAAGUGAUGAAUUUUCAAGAAUGAUGUCAGGAAAAAAAGAUUAUGUAAGUAUUAAGAAAAACCAACAUGUUCAAAAAAGAUUAUUGCUACUCAAUCUUAAUGAAUUACAUGUUGCAUUUAAAAAACUACCCUAACGUCAAAGUCAGUUUGUCAAAGUUUUGUACUCUUAAACCUAAAUGGUGUAUUACAACUAAUGCGUCAGGUACCCACAAUGUAUGUGUUUGCAUACAUCACCAAAAUACAAAAUUUCUCAUUGAUGCCAUUAGGUGGAAUCUUUAUAAAAGUUAUAAAGAUUUCAUGGCAUUGAUUGUUUGCUCUCUUGAAAAUGCAGAAUGUAUGUUGCAUCGAUGUAACCAAUGUCCUGGUAUUGAAGCGUUAAAAAGUUUUUUAGUGCAGGAGUUUAUGGACCAUGAGCAUGAAGAAGAUGUAGUAUUUAAGCAAUGGCAGAGUACAGAUCAUACAACACUACUUUCACAGUCAUUGCCACUAGAUGAAUUUAUUGAUUUAUUAUGUGACAGUAUUGACAACCUUACCACUCAUUCAUAUAUUGCAAAAACACAAAGUAGAUACUUAAAAAACUGUAAAGAAAAUCUUAACCAAAACGAAUGCUUAAUUUUAGGAGAUUUUGCUGAAAACUAUCAAUAUGUUGUUCAGGAUGAGGUUCAAAGUUAUCACUGGAGCAAAAGUCAAUGCUCACUUGAUACAGUUGUACUUUAUUUUAUAGAGAACAAACUUCUCAAACAUAAAUCUUUUUGUUACCUUUCAGAAGAUGUUGAUCAUGACACAGGAUUUAUUUACAAGACUCAGGAAGAUAUAACUAGAUAUAUCAAAGAAAAUCUACCUGAUGUAUCAAGUGUGAAAUACUUUUCUGAUGGUUGUGCAGCACAAUUUAAAAAUUUUAAAAAUUUUAUCAAUCUUUGUCAUCACAGUAAAGACUUUGAUUUAAAUGCUGAAUGGGUAUUUUUUGCUACCAGUCAUGGUAAAUCCCCCUGUGAUGGUAUUGGUGGGACUUUUAAAAGAGUAGUAUGUCAAGAAAGUCUAAAACAAAUAACUACUGGGCAGAUUUUAGAUGUUAACUUAAUGUACUCCUUUUGUAAAGCCAAGAUAAAUGGAAUUUAUUUUAAGUUAUUUUCAAAAGAAGAAAGUAUUUAUCGAUUUGAAGUAACGCAAAUAAAUCGUUUCUCAAACUUAAACUGAAAAAAUAUGUUCUUAAAAUGUAUUUUAACAAUCAACUAUUAUUUAUUCAUUUUAAAAAAAAAAAAAAAUCUAGGGAGAUUUGGGGAGGGGGCAGAGGGGCC